AAAAUCAACAAAAAAAUUAAUCGAAAAAGCCGCCAAAUAUAAUCAAACUGCAACAACAUUAUUCCAUCUCACAACCCCAUCAUCUGUAUCUCUUUAUUUUCAGUUCUAAUCAUUUGUAUCUACAUAAUUUUAUAUUUCUUGUACUUGUCUUGUGUCUACUAAACCUCUCUUUGAAUCCAAGUUUCCCUAUUACUAGUAAAUUUUCACCAGUUUCUCCAGACUCCACUAGUGAUUUUCUUUCACAAGUUGUUGAAAAUUCAUAAAUUUGUAUUUACUUCUAAGCUUUUUGCUCAAUAAAAAGGGGAUCUUUAUUGACCAUUGUUAAUCUAUUUUUAUUUUUCAUUGAAAGAUUGCUCUUUAUUGUUUGUUUAGCUAGUUUCUUGAUAGCCCAUCACUCUAGUUUUCUUGAUUUCUUUCAUUUUCUUCACCUUUUUUGGUCUCUGACUUUUUUUAGCAAGAAAGUUAUGAGGGUUUGGUUGGAAUGAGCUCUUUGAGUUUUGGGUUUACUAUUUUGCUAUAGAAUUUUUAGAGAAGUUGAAGAGGUGUAAAAAGAUGAGUUCUUUAGUUCCACUUCAGUUUUUAUGGGUUGGUCUUGGAAUACUUCUUGCUGCUUGUGAUGCAUUCCCUGAGCAUGAAGUUGAUGCACUGACUGCCUUUAAGGAAGCUAUAUAUGAUGACCCUUUAUUGGCUUUGUCAAGUUGGAAUGCCUUGGAUUCAAAUCCUUGCAACUGGUCUGGCAUAUCGUGUUCGAUGACUACAGAUCAUGUUAUAAAGCUCAACCUGUCUGGUUCAUCUUUGAAGGGAUUCCUGGCACCAGAAAUUUGUCGACUAUCUUCCUUGCAAGAAUUGGUUUUACAUGGAAAUAAAUUCAUUGGAAUAAUACCCAAAGAAAUUGGCUUGUUGAAAGACCUCAGGGUGUUGGAUUUAGGGGCAAACCAGUUAUCUGGACCGAUUCCUCCUGAGAUAGGAAACUUGAGCAGUAUUAUUAAGAUAAACCUUCAGUCCAAUGGGUUGAGUGGGAGGUUGCCUUCAGAGCUUGGCAAUUUAAAGGACCUUGAGGAACUUAGGCUGGACAGGAACAAACUCCAAGGAACUGUUCCUGGUAAUAAUGGUUCGCGAGUUGCAUCAAACAUGCAUGGAAUGUAUGUCUCCAAUGGGAAUCCUGCCGGUUUAUGUCGCUUUUCUCAAUUAAAAGUUGCAGAUUUUUCAUACAACUUCUUUGUUGGUAGCGUGCCCAAGUGCUUGGAAUAUCUUCCAAAUUCCAGCUUUCAAGGGAACUGCCUUCUAGACCGAGAUCCCAAACAGCGCCCUACACAUCAAUGUGGCAGUAGUUAUCCUCCACCUCCUCCUCCUCCUAAGAGCCAACCUGGAGUCCUAAGUAAACAUCGUCCUAGCGAAGACAAAUCCAAUCAUCAUGAUGAUUCAAAGCCUUCUUGGGUUUUAGCUGUUGAAAUAGUUACAGGAGUACUGUUUGGUUCUCUUUUUCUUGUGGCUCUUGCCAUGGGUCUUCGAAGAUGCAAAAAUCAGACAUCAAUCGUAUUACCCUGGAAAAAAUCAACUACUGACAGAGACCAUAUGACUAUGUACUUAGAAACUGGCCUGUUAACGGAUGUAGCAAAGUACAGCAGACAGGAACUUGAAGUAGCCUGUGAAGAUUUUAGCAACAUAAUUGGGUCAUCUUCAGAUAGUAUUGUCUACAAAGGCAUCAUCAAAAGUGGUCCUGAGAUCGCCGUGAUAUCUCUUUGCAUUAAAGAAGAGCACUGGACAGGUUAUCUUGAGCUUUAUUUUCAGAAAGAGGUGGCUGACUUGGCGAGAUUAGACCACGAGAAUGCAGGAAAACUACUAGGCUAUUGUAGAGAGAGCUCCCCAUUUACGAGGAUGCUGGUAUUUGAAUAUGCAUCAAAUGGAACGUUGUAUGAGCACCUACAUUAUGGUGAAGGGUGUCAAUUAAGUUGGACAAGGCGUAUGAAUAUUGUCAUAGGCAUCGCCAAGGGACUCAAAUAUCUUCACACAGAAAUUGAACCGCCGUUUACCAUAUCCGAAUUGAACUCCAGUUCUGUUUAUCUUACUGAUACUUUUUCUCCAAAGCUAGUUGAUUUUGAGAGUUGGAAAACUAUUAUAUCAAGAUCGGAGAAGAAUUCUGGUGCAAUUAGUUGUGAAGGUGCUGUUUGUGUUCUUCCAAGUUCUCUAGACAGCCGUCACCUGGAUGUCCAGGGCAAUAUAUAUGCCUUUGGAGUACUUCUUCUGGAGCUAAUUAGUGGAAGACCUCCAUUCUGCAAAAAUAAAGGAUGCCUAGUAGACUGGGCCAAAGAAUAUCUCGAUCAGCCAGAAGUAAUGUCCAAAGUUGUGGAUCCAGAGCUGAAACAUUUCCGAGACGAUGACCUUAAAGUAAUAUGUGAGGUAGCUAGUCUAUGCAUUAAACCAAAUCCACUGGUGCAACUAACAAUGCAGGAACUAUGCACCGUUUUAGAAAGCAGAAUCGACACUUCUGUAUCGUCUGAGAUAAAGGCGUCGUCGUUGGCAUGGGCAGAACUGGCGCUUUCUCCAUGACCACCAGAGCAAUCUAACACAAUGUAGAUUAGAACAAUACCUUCUAAAUACUCUUCUUACUUACUACUAAAUACUAAUCAUUUGUCCAAAUAAUUAACUUGGACUUGAGAUUAUGUAAAUAACUUUUGAGUGUGAAAAUAUAUACCAUUAGGCUGAUUCAUUA